AUGCUCGGAUCCAUACCUCCAAGCUUUGUCGAAGAAGCUUUGACCAGGUGCCAGAAGCAUGCAGCAGAAUUGCUGUGUCUGCUGCAAGAGGGGCAGGAGCAGGGUGGCCUCCUCAAGGCUGGACUUUACGGCUACUGCGCCUUGACGAUUGGUUUGAUGUACCGCCUGUACGAAAGCCACGAUGAUCCCGCGAUCGCCUCGAUGGCGCAUAUGCGAGUGGAGCAAGCCGUGGAAUUCCUGGGGAAUCAUCAGCAGCACCAGCCAGUCUUUAACAACAUGAUCCUAUCAGUGCAGUCCUUCAGGCCGAACGUCGACGUCGCCAAAGCACUGAUCAACCCGGUGAGCCUCGCUUCGAAGGCCACGAUCAGAGAUGCGAGUACUCUCUGGCAUCUUCUGGACUAUGCUAGGAUGCCAGAGAUCAGUCCUUCGAGUCCGGAUGAUACUGGUGUUAUGACUGGGUUGUUGCAGGAAGUGAUUGAGCAAGGUGAAAGUGCUGGUCUGGAAGAAGGGAGUGGAUACUUUGCUGCUGUGGAUGCCGCCAGCGAGGGUGUCUACGCACAAGGGGCGUUCGUUGAGGGGAUGGCUGGUGGUAGUCUGUGGCCUGAACAGCUGCCGCAACAAGACACAGAGCUGGAAGUGGCACCGCAGCCGUGA